GCCAGCUGUCAGUGGAAGCUAGCGAGGCAGCUAACCUUCCGAGCGCGUUUAUUUUGAGUUUUUUUUUAAUUAAUAUUCACAUUUUCCAGCGUCUGUCGUAACUAUCGUCAGCGUCGGACGCAAACUUACGCUCGAACAAACAGACGUGCGCAUUAUUCUAGCGCAUUUUUCCCCCUGCGUCUUUUUUGUCGAGUCGAGUUAGCCUUUAGCUGGCUAGCUUGUUGUUAGCCGCGGUACAGAUCUGGUGCAGACAGGUUUUUUUUUUUUUCUUUGCGCUGCAGAUGCAAGCUUCUCUUGUUUUCGAGUCAUUGUUCCCGGGCGGAAAGUUGGAUCGUGUAAAGACCAUGUAGCUUCAGGACGGAGCGGAUCAUUCACUGCCAUUAAACGCUGCUGUAUGAAUGAAUUGAAAUCAGUAACGCUGGAUCGUUAACACAGUUCAGACUUUAUGCAUUUUAUCUUCAGUGACCUCAUCGGUUCUCUUAUAAAACGUGUUGUAUAGUGUAAUAACUGUUUAUUGACGAAGAGAGAAUCGGGUUGAAUCUUCCAAACAUGGAUAAGAAAUCGUUUGAUAUCGUCUUGGACGAGAUCAGAAAGUGCGUCCUCACCGACCAGAGGAUCAAGGCUAUAGAGCAGGUGCACGGCUAUUUCUCAAGCGAGCAGGUGAUGGAGAUACUGAAGUACUUCUCAUGGGCAGAGCCACAGAUCAAAGCAGUCAAAGCUCUGCAGCAUAAAAUGGUUGCCAUCCCUACAACAAAAGUAGCAAAUAUCCUGAAUUGCUUCACCUUCUCAAAGGACAGACUGAUCGUCCUGGAACUAAUAGCUCUGAACAUUUCAGAUGCCCAGAAUUAUCGUCCUGUGGAGGAUCUGUUCCGCAUACAUUUGUCUGAGAAGAAGCGGGCUCGCAGGAUACUGGAGCAGGUGUGUAAGGUUGGCUGCAAGGCUCCUAUAGCCAUGAUCUCCUCCUGUGGUAUAAUACCAGGAAAUCCAUACCCCAAAGGCAGACCCAGCCUGGUCAGCGGCACAUUCCCUGGAAUCCCUGCAGUGAAGAAAGAAGGCGAGAAGAAAGAGGAUGCUUCGAACAGCAUAGAGGGGAAAGGAAUAGCUUCUCGGAUCACCGGACCAUUCAAACCUUUUCCUUCAACCUACAACCCUCACCGGCCCGUGCCCUACCCUAUACCACCGUGUCGACCCCAUGCUACCAUCGCACCAAGUGCAUACAACAACGCAGGCCUUGUUUCUGUGGGAGGGGUUAUAACAGCCAACGUGCCCCCUCCCCCCUACAACUCCACCCACAAAGUAGCAGGUUACGCCAAACCAAGCAAUCUGCAGAACACCACACCUGGAGUCAACAGCGGACCCCUCCUCAUUCCUCACGGGUCCACACCUUCUACGCCCGCCCCCCCACAGGCCUCUCCCGCCCAGCCAACUCCCACGACCCCUAUCACACCAGUUUUCCCCGGCAUGGUGCCCUCUCACAACCCUAAUGCCCCCUCUCCCUCCCCUGCUCCAUCUCCAUCUGUGAUCAAAGCAGGCCCACAAACCCCGAGUGGCCACGUUACACCUACACCCUCAUCUGUCAUCAAAGCCCACACCCCUUCAGGUACCCCCUGUGGAACUCCUGUCCCCGGUAGUUUCUCUUCUUCACCCUUCCAUGCCGUUUCCCGACCAGGCACCCCCGCUACUUCCCGCAGUGGCCAAGACCCUUUAUGUCAGACAAACUCCAUGGGAAAUCAGCAGAAGAUUUAUUCCACAGACCACCAGUCAGGAUCCACCCACCCUGGCUUACACCCACAAGCAGGUAACCCUUCUGGAUCUGUGAUCCGGAGUUAUACCCCCUCUGGACCACCGCCUCUCACUCCUGGAUCAUCCACUCCAGUUAUGCCGAGCUGUUCCACCCCAGGUCUCAGCCCCAAACCCUCCCCAGUUCAUUCUGCACAGGUUCAGGCUGCCAUGGUCGCGGCUGGAGUCCUCAAUAGACAUGGUGGGGGCAGUAACAGUGGCAGUAACAGCCCUGUUCCCUCUGCUUUCAAGGGCACCUCUCGCUCCGGCACGCCGUGUGUUAGCUCUCUGGUGGUGCAGGGUUCUGCGCAGGCUGCCCUGGCACGUUCCUUCGCUCUGUCACACCCUUCAGGUUCUCCUCAAGUCUCUCUCUCCAGUCCUGUCGCUCUCAGCGGCCUCCAAGCUCUGUCCUCCAGCCCAGCUCCCUCUCAUUAUCCCGGCCUGUCCACCUUCCCCGCCCUUUCUUCCUCUCUCCCUCAGUCCAGCAUCCCUGCAUCCAUGGCCACUAUGCCUCCCACCAGCAACAUUUCUAACCACCCACCAACCUCCAUCUACCAAGGCCUGGCUCACAGCGCUGCUCAAAGUGCAGCCUCCCCUUUCGGCCUGGGCCUCACUUCUGCCCCCUCUAUAUUCCCAGGCCUUCCACCUGGCCCUAGCCCUACUGGCUUCCCAGGAUUGGGGGUCUCAGGAGGGCACGGUGCUGGAAGCCCCGUGUUGUCGUCUUUCAUGGGACUGCCAGGGGCCACGCCAUCUUCAGUGGCAUCAGUGGCACCGCUGCAGGCAGUAGCUGCAGCUGCGGCGGCCGCGGCUGGAGUUCCGUCUUCGUCGCCAGUUUUGCCAGGCUUUGCAUCUGCUUUCAGUUCCAGCUUCCAGCCUGGGUUGAGCAGUGGACUCCAGGCUCCGGGUAGUAGCGGGUUCCCCAGCUUGCUGUCCUUCCCUGGGGUGCCAGGCUUCUCUCCCUCUGCCUCCCCUGCUGGCCCGCUUAGUGGCCUCCACAACCCAACUAUGCCGUCUGCCCUCCUGCAGGCUCAUCCCACAUCUGCUUUGGAGAGCUUUACUCCUCAGCCUAACAGCUUCACCAACUAUGCUCCAGCCCCAGGAAACCCCUUCCCUCUCCAACCAGGCCUGCACCCCCAGUUGGGUUGGCAGUGAAUCCCACAACACACUUUUAAAAAAAGAGAGCACACUUAACUUGCUGACCCUUAUCGUACCCUGCCCUACCCCUCAGCUCUGAACCCUGAGGAGCACAGGGCAGAUAGGAGAGGUAAUCUAUCGUGUAUGUUACAGACAGAGUGACUCAUCACUGCGAGGAACACUACUGUAAAAAGCAGUUUAAAUCAUGUGUGGGAGAUGGCGUAUGUCUCCCAUUAUUCAUAGCGAGCGGUUGUAAAUAUGAGUCGUCAAAGUUGUUACUGUAGGUUUUACAAGUAGACUGUGACUGGUUUUAAUGUUAGCUGGACUUGGCUGUUUUUAAUCAAAUUAUUAGUGAAUAAUGAAUUCUAGAAACAUUGAACGAUGUACAUGAUAUCAUGUAAUGACUCCACAGUAUCUUAUGUAGUAUUUCAUGUCCAGUCUCAGUGGAAAGGACAUGCUGAAGAUACUAAUAAAUUGUCCUGAAUUGAAUAUUGUAUUAUGACAUGAAAUCGAGGUGGUUUUAUUGAGCUCCUACGGCGCAGACGUAUUUUGAAGCGGGCACACCGUGAAUAUUUUUUUAUUUUUGUGCUGCGCAAGGGCGCAUAUGUAACACAAACAUGGUGUUAUUUUCUGUGAACACACUUUUAUUUUGUACGUUUAGAGUUGACAGAUGUCACCCUGCUCGUACUUUUACUUCACUAUUUGAACAAAUGUACUGUAUGCAGAUGCGGCGUUUGUUGAUGUGUGGACGUGAGGAUGUCUGCAUUCUGCAGCAACGUUUGCAACCUGGUGAAAACUGUAAUCUGACUUCAUUUACUGUAGCCCUCAUACUCAGAAGGUUAUUGUUUGACAUGUUUGUUACACUGUGUUGUUUUUUUCUGUUUGACCUUUUUUUGUAUUUGCACCUGUUUUAUUAUUUUGUCAGUAAACUGCUGGUUACUGUA